UCAUGUAUUGUUGUUUUUCGUCUCCUAGGACCACCAUACGCAGGACCUCCAGCCGUUCAGCCGCCCAAUCCUGCCUUUCCUGCACCUCCAAACCCAGCAUAUCCAGCCAUGCCUAUCCCAUCCUACCCACCCGGACCCAACCCCGUCUAUCCUCCCGGCAUGAACCAGCCCUCAGCCAUGCCUUACAGCACACCAUACCAGCACCCCUUUCCCCCGGCUGUGACCGCGCCGCACGCGCCGUUCCCUGCAGCAGGACACCCCUGCCCCGUGCCGCAGUAUGGGGGUCCCCCGGCCGCAAUCAUCGGCGCACCUGGACACAAGAAACACAAGAAGAUGAAGAAGAUGAAGAAAGGGCAUAAAGCUCACAAGGAAUAUAAACACAUGAAGCACGGCAAGCAUUCCUCGAGCAGCAGCAGCAGCAGCAGCAGUGACUGACUGAAGAGCAGCUCCUGAACCGAUUCCUCUGAUUUCACAAGUGUCAGGGCAGAGCCCCGCAGCAAUAACAUGAUCAACUAAUGCAGUGAUGUAUAGCACUUAAUUAAAUGUGUUUCUGUGAGUCUGAAUGCUUUUCUAAUCAAUUAAAGAUCUUUAAAUAAUGAGCUGUCCUUGUCAGGAGAUCCGCUCGUCUUCAUUAUGUAAUGUCAGACGUUUGCUUCUAUUUGAGAACGGACCUUUGUAAUUAAACAAGCUCACUUCCUUUGUGCAUUAAACUUACUUUGAAGAGAAAA